UCUUCACUGGACAGAAACGAAUGAAUGAGUCUUCAGCUUUUCCUUUAAUUUUAAUGAAUGAUUUACGGCUUUUAUCCGCGCUAUAAGUGUCAGUUCGUGCUUUUUAUGGCAAGGUUUAUCGAGGCGACGGUAAAUAUUAUUUCUGUCUGCCGUUAUUAAGUCGCUUAACCAAUGAAAACAGGCCACGGUUAGUUUGUGUAGCAUUUAGCACAAUAAUACAACAAUUAUGGAUUAUCAGGAAAAAGCCAAUUCUGUUGCUGAUCGGCUUUUAAGUUACAGGAAAGACGAAUCCGGCUGGAAAAUCUGUAAAAAAACGAAUGAUGUCGUGGUCUAUUGGCGACCUUCAUCUGAAUUCCCUGGAAAUGUAUAUAAGGGAGAGGGAAUAGUCAACGGCAGUCCACAGAAAGUGUGGGAGUGUUUGAAACCAGUUCCAAAUGGGCUUCGUCUUAAAUGGGACAACAAUGUGAAGAAGUUUGCGCUGCUGGAGCAGGUUUCUACAGACAUCACAGUAUGCAGAACCGUCACUCCCUCUGCUGCUAUGGGUGUUAUAUCACCACGAGACUUUGUAGAUGUUAUUUUAGUCAAGCAAUAUGAAGACGGCACGAUUACAUCAAAUGCGACUCAUGUGAGCCAUCCAGCUUGUCCUCCUCAGCCUGGCUACGUACGGGGCUUUAAUCAUCCAUGCGGCUGCAUCUGUGUGCCUGUGCCUGGGGAAGCAGGUAAAACCCAGCUCAUCAGCUUCUUCCAGACUGAUCUUGGAGGUCUGCUUCCUCGUUCCGUCGUUGAUUCGUUCUUCCCUGGCAGUAUGACUGAGUUUUACACGAACCUCACUAAAGCUGUUAAAUCUCUCAAAUAGCACUAAAGGCACUUUUCCUGGGAUUUUCUGAUCCUCGACGUGUUUCCCAGUGAGCACCAUCUGACCAUUAUUGAUUCUGACUUCAAAUUGAAGUCGGCGCUGACCCAGGCCUUGAUCUGACCUCUAAAAUAUAUGUCCGGUUUAGUCCAUUUUAAAUCUGACCUCAUGCAUGUGUGACCAAAAGAGCUGUAUUUUAUAAAAUCAUUCAUUUGAGAUGAAAUUUGAACAACUUGAAAAAAAUGAGGGGGCACGGUGGCUUAGUGGUUAGCACGUUCGCCUCACACCUCCAGGGUUGGGGGUUUGAUUCCUGCCUCCACCUUGUGUGUGGAGUUUGCAUGUUCUCCCCGUUCCUCGGGGGUUUCCUCCGGGUACUCCGGUUUCCUCCCCCGGUCCCCCCCGGUCCAAAGACAUGCAUGGUAGGUUGAUUGGCAUCUCUGGAAAAUUGUCCGUAGUGUGUGAUUGCGUGAGUGAAUGAGAGUGUGUGUGCCCUGCGAUGGGUUGGCACUCCGUCCAGG